CCAUCGCUGCACAGUGAAGGCAAGGAAGAGAGUAUGAGUGUUUCCUCCAGAUCCUGAGCCAAACCCGCACUUGUUAUCCGCGCGUUGUUAUCCGUCAGUCCGUUCUUUCUCUUCCAUCUGCGUGGGUCAUCUCCCAUCUGGAUCCGGGCGGUGGAUAUAUGGAGAUCUGCUAGUGUGGCUGGUGUUUUGUGGACGUGGGACACACGAUGGCUGUGGCGCUGGAUGCAGUCUGGGUGCGAGUGAAAGGGGUCUGUAAGCAGAACGGCCUGCUCAUCCUCUCGGUGCUGGCCGUCAUUAUCGGAUGCCUGCUCGGCUUCUUUCUGCGCUCCAAAAACCUCUCGGAGCAGGAAGUGAAAUACUUCCAGUUUCCCGGAGAGCUGCUGAUGAGGAUGCUGAAGAUGUUGAUUUUGCCUCUGGUCGUGUCCAGUCUCAUGUCCGGUCUGGCCGCGCUGGACGCCAAGUGCUCGAGUCGGCUCGGCCUCAUCACCGUCUCUUAUUACCUGUGGACCACUUUCCUGGCCGUGGUGGUGGGAAUCGUCAUGGUGUUGAUCAUCCACCCGGGAGGAAUGGCGCAGAAAGAGGACUCCGAGGACAGCGGGAAACCCAUCAUGAGCUCGGCCGACGCUCUCCUGGAUCUCAUACGAAACAUGUUUCCAGCCAACCUUGUUCAAGCCACAUUUCAACAGUAUCGUACCAACAGUGUGCCCAUAAUGAAGACCCCCAAGACCACGGUGGCCACCAGCCUGACGGAAACCACCACUCGGCGCGCGCUCAUCUACGGGAUUCAGGACGAUAACGGAACAGACAUCCAGAACUUCCAGCUGGACCUGACCCCGCCUCCCGACGUGGUGAUGAGGACGCUUCCUGGCACCAGCGAGGGCAUGAACGUCCUGGGCAUCGUCAUUUUCUCUGCCACCAUGGGCAUAAUGUUGGGCAGGAUGGGUCCUAACGGCAGCGCUCUGGUCAACUUCUGCCAAAGUCUAAAUGAAGCCGUGCUGAAAAUCGUCGCUAUUGUCAUCUGGUACUUCCCGUUCGGCAUCGUGUUUCUGGUGGCCGGUAAGAUCCUGGAGAUGAGCGACCCGUCUGCGAUGGGGAAGAAGCUGGGCUUUUACGCCAUCACUGUGGUGAUGGGCCUCAUUCUCCACGGCCUCUUCAUCCUGCCCAGCAUGUACUUCUUCAUCACCAAGAAGAGCCCCAUCGUCUACAUCCGAGGAAUCCUGCAGGCCCUGCUCAUCUCCCUGGCCACGUCCUCCAGUUCUGCCACUCUGCCUAUCACCUUCAAGUGCCUGCUGGAGAACAAUCACAUAGACCGGAGGAUCAUUCGCUUCGUGCUGCCCGUCGGAGCCACCAUCAACAUGGACGGCACGGCGCUCUACGAGGCCGUGGCAGCCAUUUUUAUCGCCCAGGUCAACAACUACGAGCUCGACUUCGGCCAAAUCAUCACCAUCAGCAUUACAGCAACAGCAGCGAGCAUCGGCGCAGCCGGGAUCCCACAGGCCGGACUGGUCACCAUGGUAAUAGUGCUGACCUCCGUCGGACUGCCCACUGAUGACAUCACUCUCAUUAUAGCUGUUGAUUGGGCCCUAGACCGAUUCCGCACCAUGGUCAAUGUGAUGGGAGGCCUGGCCACAGGAAUCAUGGCCCAUAUCUGCAGAAAAGACUUCAUCAAAGAGGGAGACGGGGUCCCUCUUAUCUGUGAGACGAAGCCCGUGGCUAACCAGGCUUUACCGAACUGUCAGCAGAACAACGGUAGUUUUCAGUCUGCGCCGCCAGGAGGCAAACCUGAGCACAUCCCUCCAGAUGUGGCCCGUCUCAUGCAGCUGGAGGAAGGGGUCCGUCCACCGCCUCCCGAUCGGAAAAAGCCGCCUGUGCCGCCCCGGCACCUGAAACACAGAGACAAGGACCAUUGUGCCAUCGACAUGAACGGUCUGGAGACGAACGUAUAGCGACCAUUGAAAUCGCAGACUGAAAUCGAUCAGACGAAACAAAAUCGGACGACGGGACAUGUAUUAUUUCCUUUCCGUUUUUCUCUAACAGGCAACACAUGGUCUGACCCUGCGCAUAUGGGCCACUGCCCCAGUAAUGCCAUUGUUGGCAGCACAUCCCGGUCGACCCAUUCAGUGCAUUAGAUAAUGCCGGGAUGGGAUGAGAAACCAGGUCAAGGUCCACAACACCAAACCAGCCUGAAUCGAGGGUCGUAGCGCGACGCAUUCAAGGCCUUGAGAGCGAAACGUAUCCUGUAGCGCAAUGCAAGACUGUCACAAAGCACUGUAAAUACAACCUAGACAUGUACUCUGUGUUUUUUUAUUUCUCAAGUUUAUAUAUAAUUUUAUAUCUUAUGUCUUGUCUUUUUAAGCAGGCCGUGUAAAACUACUUUAAAGCUCGCCGGUGUGCUCGAAGAUCGAUGUUUGAAUGUUUGAUGUUAUUAUCGGAUAUUCUCCUCUCCCUGUUCAACCCGUUCUCAUGAAGGCGCUCAAGGUGAGAGGAAAACUAAAUAAAAGGCGAUCCCGGACAUAUACUGCACGGAUUGUGAAACUAGCUUGUUCGGAACUAUACUGUACCAUGCUGAAUUAGGGCGGAAAAAAAAGUUCGAAGUACGAAAACGACGCAAAAUAUAUACAGAUUCAUCGAAAAGCAUAUCCUGUUAAACUUAUUGCUCAUCAGUCUUUGCGCACGUUAAAGAAUAGCUUACCAUUUGCUAAAAAUUUGCACCCUCAGGUUUCUUCAGCAGAUUUGGAGAAACGUUGCAUUCCAUGACUUGCUCACCAAUCGAUGCUCUGCGGUGAAUGGGUGCCGUCACAAUUAAUCCACAUCACUCCAAAUGUCUUGAGAAGACGAAAGCUGUGGGUUCAAACCCUUGUUUCUGUCCAAAAUACCGUAAUUCAUAAUAAUGCUUUUUCUAGUGAAAAAGUCCAUCUCCCGUUGUCCUCUCACGUAAAAAUUCACCCCCAUAUUUGUUUAGAUUUUGAUAUGUGCGUAUUUGGGUUGGGUUGGGUUCAUUUUUACUAAAGAAACCAUAUUAAAGAAAGCAACUGGCAACCGAAACACGAUUGGGUGAAUUGGCGGUGGGCGGGUUUAACGAACCAAAACAGAGGCCGACAUUGAGGGGCCGUCUUUAGCAUUGUUUUUCAGAUAAACAAGUAUGUUAACUUAGCAUGUUUCAUAAAUAACAUACUACGCUAGUUUUAGGCUUUAGCAGAGUCCAAAUAAACAACGUUUCUCUACACAAGGUGUUAACUGAUUGACUAGGAUUAUUGUGAUGUUUUUAUCAGCUGUUUGGGCUCUCAUUAUGACGGCACCCAUUCACUGCAGAACAUCCAUUGGUGAUCAAGUUAUGUUGAGCGCUUAAAAAAACGAUUUUUUUCAAGAUAAGCAAACUGGACUCGUUUUUUCCAUCACCACGUGAUGGAAAUCUGGCCCAAAUACACAAGGGGUUUUCACACCGCACUGUUUUCUGGUCGCAUUCACACCAGCAGCAGGAACUCUGAAAAUGCAUUGCUGAUGCCAUUCAUUUAACAGGAACAUUUCAUUUUUCAAUUUUAAAUUGUCUUUCAAUACGCUCAUAAUACAUUCAAAAAGAGGAGCAUUUAUACUUAAACGUAUUUCAGUUACUUGCCAAGUAAAUGUUUUAAUUUGGUUUUUCAACUACUAUUUUAUAUGAGAUUUAGGUAAAUGAACAAAUGCAUGAACAACGUAUUUAUUUAUUUGCAUUUUUAUUUUUUGUGACCUUGAAGCACAAAAUUAGUCUUAAGUCACUGAGGUAUAUUUGUAGCAACAGCCAAAAAUGCAUCGUAUGGGUCAAAAUUAAAAAAAACAUUAUUGGCCAAAAAUCAUUAGGAUAUUAAAUAAAGAUCA